AUCUUAUUAGUGCGACAAAGGCAGCUGCGGGCAAACCUCAUGAUGACCCCAGCAUGCUUCAGCUAAAGAACUCUGCAAAGGUGAUGGUUACCAAUGUGACAUCACUCCUAAAGACUGUAAAGGCAGUGGAGGAUGAAGCCACAAAGGGCACCAGAGCUUUAGAGGCCACAAUUGAACAUAUUAAGCAAGAGCUGGCUGUAUUCAGCAGCUCUGAUCCUCCACCAAAGACAACAACACCCGAAGAGUUUAUUCGAAUGACGAAAGGAAUUACCAUGGCAACAGCAAAGGCGGUGGCUGCUGGUAACUCGUGUCGUCAAGAGGACAUCAUUGCCACAGCUAACCUUAGCCGAAGAGCCAUUGCUGAUAUGCUACACUCCUGCAAGGAGGCUGCCUAUCAUCCAGAGGUCAACAGGGAUGUGCAAAUGAGAGCUCUCCGCUAUGGGAAUGAAUGUGCCACUGGAUAUUUGGGUCUUUUGGAGCAUGUGUUGGUGAUCAUCCAAAAGCCCACACAUGAUCUGAAGCAGCAGCUGGCCAACUACUCGAAGAAAGUGGCAAACUCUGUCACAGAGCUUAUCCAGGCAGCAGAGGCUAUGAAAGGCACUGAGUGGGUGGAUCCCGAGGAUCCCACUGUUAUUGCAGAGAAUGAACUGCUGGGAGCAGCCGCAGCCAUUGAAGCCGCUGCCAAGAAACUGGAGCAGCUGAGGCCAAGGACCAAACCCAAGGAGGCAGAUGAGAGCUUGAACUUUGAGGAACAGAUUCUUGAAGCAGCCAAGUCUAUUGCAGCUGCCACCAGUGCCCUGGUCAAAGCUGCCUCAGCCGCGCAGAGGGAGCUGGUGGCACAAGGAAAGGUGGGAGCAAUUCCUGCCAAUGCAGUGGAUGAUGGACAGUGGUCACAAGGCCUUAUUUCUGCUGCUCGUAUGGUUGCGGCGGCAACAAACAACUUGUGUGAAGCGGCUAAUUCCGCGGUCCAAGGCCACGCCAGUGAGGAGAAGCUCAUCUCUUCUGCUAAGCAGGUGGCAGCCUCAACUGCCCAGCUCCUGGUGGCCUGCAAGGUCAAGGCUGACCAGGACUCCCAGACAAUGAAGAGGCUACAGGCUGCUGGAAAUGCUGUGAAGAGGGCAUCUGACAACCUAGUAAAAGCAGCACAGAAAGCAGCUUUUGAGGCCGAGGAUGACCAGGCUGUGGUGGUCAAGAGCAAGAUGGUUGGUGGGAUAGCUCAGAUCAUUGCUGCCCAGGAGGAAAUGUUGAGGAAAGAAAGGGAGUUGGAUGAAGCCAGGAAAAAGCUGGCAAUGAUCCGACAACAGCAGUACAAGUUCCUCCCCUCUGAGCUGAGAGAGGAUGGCGAGGACCAGUGAGCAAGUAUAGGGCAGAGAGAAAUACAACGAUAAUCCAUAAGACACUCCUUUUUCUGCUGACUCUAUGCUUCAACUCAAACAUAACAUAUGGUGGAUAUAUAAUGGGCAAACCAUGGCUACAGCGAUUUGAUAAACAAUUAUACAAUGUAAGCAUUAUUCAUUCAUAGUUUGUAUGAACAUAUCUUUCAAAUGUUAAAUCUUUCAAUUGUUUUGCAUUAGUAUAGUACUUUUUCUAUUGGAAUAUCUUAUCUCUUUGUGUAAAUGUUUUGAGUAACUGAAACAAUGCUUUAAUGUUUUAUGCAAAUGAACUAUGCACACACAAGAAAGUAUUAUUUUAAGACACAGACAGUAAUGAUAUUCAGACUGCAACUUGUCAUACUGUUUGUAAUUUAAUUUAACCUUUCAAUGUUUGUCUAUAUUAGCAAUAAGUAACUAUGCAAUGAAACAACAGAUUGGAAAGUAUUUUUAAGACUUAUGAAAUGUAUUAAGAGGUUUCUAUAACAUAGCAGGCUAAGCAUUUUGAUGUUAGUACAAUGAGCUCUAGAAUAUAAUUAUGUCCCUACAUACAAACCACAAAGCCAUAUAUUUAACUUUAAACUUGUAUUGACUGUCUUUGGUUUAUUACCAGUGUUUCAUUUACCUACUGUAAUAUUUUACAGUAUCAGAAGCCUUGUGUAAAGUAAAUGUAUUUGAUGGUUUCUCUGUUGCCUAAAAGUGUAUGCCUUAAAGACCAAAAUGCUCCAUUGGAACAAACGAGACACAUGGCAAAAUGUGUAUUUGUAAAAUGCAGCGCCACAUCAGAGGCAUAAAUCCUCUAAAAUUUCUAUAUAAUAAAGACAAUCUUCAUAAA